CGUCUCAAUCAGCUCUCCUUCAUCCAGUGCGCUCCUAUCUCUCUCUCUCUCUCUCUCUCUCUCUCUCUCUCUCUCUCUGAGAUCCUCUAUCCAUCAGCACUGCCGGAUCAUGAAUGGUGAAUAAUAAAGAAGAAAGCCAGGUCCAGUGGGGAGAGUACGGAGCUGUUAGCAAAGUGAGUGUGUUCAUGACCCUGGCUGUAUGAUGAUGAUGAAAGGCCUUUCCAGCAGCCGCAGCCACCACCACAUGGUGGCCUGCGAGCCUUCGUAUGACCCUAUGGGUCACCACGGUGAUCGCAAGCCCUACCUCAUCAGCCAGAUCGAGGCUCCACCUCCUCCUGAUCAUCCGUAUUACUCGUCUCGGAGCUCGUACCAGCCAGACUGUGUGGUGCCUUAUGGGACCUUCCCGCGGCGCCACUACAGCACAAGCCAUGAGCCUAAGGAAGAGUGUGCCGUUGUGCCCUACACAGGUGGAAUGGGGCCUGUGGGAAAAUGCCAACGAGUGCCGGUCAACCUGCUAGAACAUCUGGAUCGUCAGCUUCCAAUGGCACGGGACGGCUAUCACACAUUACAGUAUAAACGGGCAGCAGCUGCUGCGGCUGCUUUAGAGCAGCGCAAUGACAGUCCUGGCCGUAUCCGGCACUUGGUGCACUCGGUGCAGAAACUUUUUACCAAGUCACACUCGUUAGAGGGGCCUCACCAUGGUGGACAUGGGCACGGACAUAGUAAGAGCAGUAUGAAUGGAAGCAAAGCUAGUCCGGAUGGAGAAAACACGCCGGCACCGACACCACGGCAGCGUAAGCGAAGCAAGAGCCGCGAACGCUGCAAAUCGGCCGAACCCAAGCAACGGACACCGCCCUCAGGAUACUGGAGCUCGGACGAACUAGAGCGGGAUGUCUGCCCUCUGCGCCAUGCUGCACCAGGCAUCAUGACCGUGGGGCGUCACCCAGAGCGGGCGCAGUCUCAGUACUUCCUGGAGGCAUGUGGAGCCGAGCCGACGCUGAAGAACUCGCGGAGCAGCAGUGAUGUGGCCAAGUGCACAACGUGUGCCAUCACGCAACCGGGCACAGAUGUGGCACAGCUGGCAAAGAAGAGUGCGUGGUCGUCCUCUCUCACGGUGAGCAGGGCGCGCCAGGUGUACCAGCAGGCCGCUGUAAAUCUAGAUAAGGCACUAGUGAAAGCAGAGGCUUGUCAGCAGGAGCGCACAUGCCAAUUCUUGCAGGUUCCUCAGGAUGAGUGGGGUGGUUUCCCCAUGGGGAAGGAGGAGGACAUCCCAUGCAGGCGGAUGCGCAGUGGCAGUUAUGUUAAAGCCAUGGCCGAGGACGACAGCGGCGACUCGGAUGGAAGCCCCAAACCGUCGCCCAAGAUGCAGGCGAGACGAGCCAGCUACCUCAAAGCCACUCAGCCGUCACUCACUGAGAUGACCACGCUCAAUAUCUCUACAGAACACUCUCCAAAACUGCAGAUCCGGAGUCACAGCUACCUACGAGCCGUCAGCGAAGUUUCCAUCAACAGAAGUAUGGAGAAUCUGGAUCCUAAGGCUCUCCUUGCUUCGCCUCAAUACCGCUCGCGCAACGAGAGCUACAUGAGGGCUAUGAGCACCAUUAGUCAGGUGAGCGAGGUGGAGGUGAACGGUCAGAUAGAGGCCGUGUGUGAAAGCGUUUUCAGCGAGAUGGAGUCUCAGGCAGUGGAUGCCUUGGACUUGCCGGUUCCUGGAUGUUUCCGGAUGCGGAGUCACAGCUAUGUACGAGCCAUCGAUCAGGGCUGUUCACAGGACGACGAUGGACCAUUACUGCCUGCAUCACCGCCACGGACCACCACGACGGUCCGGACAAUUCAAAGCAGCACAGUGUCCUCAUGUAUCACCACCUAUAAGAAGACGCCUCCUCCGGUUCCUCCACGCUCCUCCACCAAGCCCUUCAUCAGCAUCACGGCUCAGAGCAGUACAGAGUCGGCGCAGGACGCCUACAUGGACGGGCCGGGUCAUCGCCAUGGUGACACGGCGCUGCAUUCGGCUCUCAGUAACUCCACAGAGAGCAUCGACAGCAUGAAGGCUCUGACGGCCGCCAUUGAGGCGGCGAACGCGCAGGUGCACGGCCCUGCAAGCCAACACGUCAGCUCAAGCAGCAACGCCGGCCCCACCUCACCUAUGCCCCUGCCCCUGACUUUGCCUCUCCCUGUCCCUGUCCAUGUCCCUGUACAGAUUCCCGCACUGGAGGACACACACCGGGACCCCCUCAGGGACGCACACAGGGAUACACAUAGGGAUAGACACAGGGAUACACACAUAGAUACACACAGAGAUGCACACAGGGACGCACACAGGGACGCACACAGGGACACACACAGGGACACACACAGGGACACACACAGGGAUACACACAGGGAUACACACAGGGAUACACACGGGGAUACACACAGGGAUACACACAGGGAUACACACGGGGAUACACACAGGGAUACACACAGGGAUGCCCACAGGGAAGCUCUCCGCAAAGGCCGGUGUCUCUCCAUCGGCAUACAGGUGGACGGCCCUGAAGAUCAGGAGGCUGAGGACCAAUCGAAGUUUCAGUCAGUAGGGAUUCAAGUUGAGGACGAGAGAAGUCAUCGCCGGAUCAUGCGCUCCAACAGCGUGACGGCGGCGGUUCAGGCGGACUUGGACAUGCCCGAUUUCUCUCCCACUGAGUCUCCAGACAAUGACGUUACCUUUUCUCGGGAUGCCACGGCCUCCACGGUGAGCAUCCAGGGCUCGGGGAACCAUUACCACGCCUGCACCUCAGAUGACUACGCCUCCGUGGGCUUUGACCCGUCCGUGCUGCCUCCUCCGGAGCCCUGGGUGGACAGCGGCGUUAUGGAGGACCAGCUCCAGAGUGCACGAAGCCGCUCGGUGUGCCAGCGCGACGGACGCUGGUUCCUCAAACUGCUGCAAGCCGAAGCCGAGCGCAUGGAAGGCUGGUGCAGGCAAAUGGAGCAGGAGGAGCGGCACAACGAGCUUCCUGACGACAUUCUGGGGAAGAUCCGCAGUGCAGUAGGCAGUGCCCAGCUUCUCAUGUCUCAGAAGUUCCAGCAGUUCAGAGAGCUGUGUGAGGAGAACCAGAACCUGAACGCUCACCCGCGACCCGUGGCUCAGGAUCUGGCCGGCUUCUGGGAUAUGCUGCAGCUCUCUAUUGAGAACAUCAGCCUGAAGUUUGACGAACUUCACCAGCUAAAGGCUAACAACUGGAGACCCCUCGACCCCCCUGAGAGAAAGGAGAGGAGAUUGCCUCCCCCUGUGCCAAAGAAACCGGUGAAGUGCCAUCCUCCGCUGGCGCGGGAUCGCUCUCUCGAGAGUUCAGAGAAACAGCGGCAGGAGGCUCGCAAGCGCUUAAUGGCAGCCAAAAGAGCUGCAUCCGUGCGCCAGAACUCAGCCACCGAGAGCGCAGACAGCAUCGAGAUCUACAUCCCUGAGGCCCAGACCAGACUCUAAACCCCACCUCACCACGCCACCCCCCACCCACACGCACACACACACACACACCCACACACAUACACACACUCCCUACUGCACUCGCGCACAUUAAUACUGAAAGCACAAACACGCUGGCCUGGUCCGAUUCAGAGAGAGGAGCGCCAACACACACACACACACACAUAAAACUGUUUUUUGAUUUACAAGGCGACCCAGAAUCUGCGUUAACAUCUGCUCUUAUCGUCUCCUUGUAUUUUAUUCAUCAAAAAACGAUUUCCAGAAUCUUUCUCUAUUAACAAAUUCAAUCCCAAAUCGCCUUCUAUUAACUGCUCCUGCUCACUACAUAGGGUUUAAUAUGUAGGUAGUGUAGCGUAGUGCACUAGAUACGCAAAAAGAACUGAAUCAAACACUUAGAUAGAUGUAGGUUUAGCACCUAAAAAUCAUAUAGAGCUUUUUAAUCUUUCAAAAGGCGAAUUUUUAUAAAUGUUAUAAAUAUUUUCAUAUAUUUUAUUUGAAUGAUUAUACGCCAGAAAAUUCGCUCCGACGCGAACAAUAUCGACUCACACUUAAUCGUAUAAUAUUGUACUGAAUCAACUAUUUUCACUCAGCAGAUGUAUACACACUUUACUUGUAAACACACACACACACACACACACACACACACACACACACACACACACUGUCCUGGGCGCUGAACGGAUAGGCGGAGUGUUUGUAUAUAAUCUGUGAUCUACUGUUCCUCUACUGCUACCAGGGACACCACAGCAGGUCUCUGGGUGUUUUUUUCUUUUCUUUUUAUUUCUUUUAUAUUUCUUUUUAAUCUUUUUCUUUUCUGUUUCGUCUCUGAACUUUUCCUAAACAUUGUAAUAUAUCUCUUCAUCUCUCCGACGUCACACUCAUCUCCUGCUGAAGUCUGGACCAUUUCUAAUCUAAUCUAAUCUCUUGGAUCUUUGGGCAAUCUUCAUUUUACACGUCAAAAACACUCCACCAUCCCCCCUCGGAAAAGACGAACCUGCUCCUCCGUCACACAGAUUGAUCACGUGAGAAAUACGAUCAGAGUGCAAAGGUCGAGUAAUGACUUAAUCGACUGGAAGGGUUUUUUUGUACAUAUGGGAGGGUGUUUAUGGAAUAAUCUGGCCAAAGAUGUUGUCCGGAUUUUAAUUCCAGGAUUGACAAACAGGUGCAUAAACUGACUCUGAAUAUGUGGAACUUUCCCCACUUAUACAUAAUGUAUUAAAGUGUGGAAAAAAAUGUGUGGUUUUAGAGAGACAUAUGAACGUUUUUUUUUUUGUUUCUAUGCAACAGACUCUGUAAUAUAACAGUAUAAAGAUUUCUUUUGACCAAACAAAUCCGUAAACAUCCAGAUGUUCCGCUUUAUUUUUUAUUAAAAAAUCCUCCCUUAGCAUGAAGAACAUCUUUCCACACUGUCAGCACUUCGUUCUCCAAACAUUCAGCAGAGAAACUGUCUGUUGUAAAACUCACUAAAGUUUCUCUUCACUAGUUGGAGAUUUCUUUCUUGUGAUCCAGUUCAUCCCAAAGCGGUUCAAUAGGAUGAAGUCGGUUCCAUUGAGCCGCAGUCCAGACGGACCUGCAUGGUGUUGAAGUACGGAAUGAGAGCCAUGUUAGUUCAGGAUUUCUUUUCCUCAUCUCUUCUGAACUUUACAGAAGUUUUGUUAGACAUAAAAAUGCCAAUUGGUUUCUUCUGUCUGCAGAAUGAACUUCCUUGUGUGGUUUUGCUUGUUGCUGCGUUUGUUGCAUAGAAACAGAAGGAACACUCAUGCGUCUCAAAAAACAUAAAACACUGCGUUUCCACACUUUUCACAGAUUCUGUAUAUCAGCAAACAUUAUAGCAACAGCUCAAGGUUAUUUAAUAUUAAGUUUUAUGCUAAUUGGCUUAUUUAAACAGAUAGUUUGAAGGAUGUGGUUUGAGUGAGACAUUAACACUAAACAUGCUAGCUCGAUUAGCUGCACAUCUGUUCCACCACAUCAGCAGUGACUGAAAUCGUUCAUCAGAUCGUUUCUGGAACACUAACCGAACAAACAGAAACUUCUGCUUCGACCUUCUGCUUCGACCUCAUUCCCAUUUCUUUCCAUCACGUGACUUUAAAUUUCUAUAUUUCCAACUUUUCCUUGAUUUAAAGUUUUUUCCUUAAUUGUAACGGUGGGGAGAAACGCAGAAGCAGGACAGGGUACAUGAUGAUAAAAAGCAAUAUUUCAUUAUCAAUCAGAGUUACACUGAUGAAGCAGAGGCCUACUGCGUGUAAACGUCGAAUUAUUGCUAACGAAAGAAGAUGCCUUCACUUUUUCUGUAGCCAUUUCUGUUUCCUCUGCUGUCACUUGCUAUUGUAAAUGCUUCUUAGUGACUCAGCCCCUUUAUUUAUUUCUUUAUUUAUUUCUCUCUUUUUCUCUUUUUCUCUCAAUCUCAAGAAAAUAUGUUCUCUGUUUUAAACCCUGUGAGAAAUUUAGAAACAUAUCGUUUAGUGCAUAUUAUACAGACUUACUUCCUUUUUUAUGUAGAAUUCAGAUCUUUUAUGGAUAUAAGCCAAUAGCGGUGCUUGAUGUAGCCCCGCCCCCUAAAAAAAGACAAUUUAUCAAGUGUUUAAAUGAGAUGAAAAAACUAUAAAACACAAACUUUUCAUCAUUGUUCAAGUUCAGUUUGUCCUUAUUCCUGUGUGUUUUUUAUGUACAUUGUAUUGUUGCCCAUUGGGGGAGUGGCUCUCGGUCAUGUGACUUAGUUUGUCCAAUCCUGCCAGGUGGGCCGGACUUAUCUCAGGACGAAACAUGUACGCAGUGGGCGCAGCAAAAUCAGGGUCUCCCAGUGGUCAUGUUCCGUGUUUAUUGUGUGUGUGUGUGUGUGUGAGAGUGUGUGUGUGUGUGUGAGAGAUUUUUGCGUGUAUGUCUCGAAAAGUGCUUCCUAACUUCGUUUCUGUUUGGAUGAAGUCGAGUAGCCUCCUGAAUCUGUGCACACGACCCUUAUUUUAACCCGUAGUGUUUGUACAGAAACUUUACGAGGACACGCAUGCAGACCUGUUACCAUAGAAACACCGUAUAUCCUAUUUGUACUUUAAUUCUUGUAUUUAUUUAUUUACUUAUUUAUUUACCUUUUUAAUGUACUUGUUUAUUUGUUGAUUUUCUUUUUGUACGGUUUGGGUUCAGUUCAGUGAUCGCUCAUGCUCCCUUCAUUUUGUGAACAUGUUGUACUGUAUGUAUAGACAUGAUGUGUGCAGACAGACGACGAACACAAUAAAUUCUGCAAACUUUUA